AUGAUCUCAUCAAACGACGAAAAAGAAACGAAGCAAAAGAAGAAGAGCACGCAAUCGUACAGAUGUAAAAACUGCUGCGUUUUCUCCUCCAAAACCUUAGCCGACCGCAUGCUCGACGCCAUCUGCUAUAGCGCCAUUUAUGCGCAAUCUGGCAUCAAAUCGCUCAUAAAGUCACCGCACGACGCGUUGCCCGAGCACGCGAAAGAACUGCUAAGAAUACUCAAAAACGAGGAGGAUGAACAACGCGUAUCGUUAGAAACUCUGGAACGUAAAAUUCAAGAUUUCCGAGACCGAAAUCGAUCGUUCUUUACCGAUCUGACGAGCAAGCAGAAGAUUGAAGAUGAAGUUCGAAGGUUGAAAGAAACGUCUUUAACGCAAACGAACGCGAUGAAAACGUUCGACCUCGGUCAGAUGUUUUUAGCAGCAGACGAUGAUAAAUCGAGAGAAGAAACGAGUAAAGAGAUUUUGCGAAUGUACGAUAGAAAAAAAGGCGUCGCGAGUUGCCUGUUUGAAUGCGAAGCGGAAGACGCGGAGGAGUUGCGGAAAAUGAUUCGAGAGCACGAGGAAUCGGCCUGCGAGUGGGUCGAAGUCAAAUGCGAGAGGUGCGACGAACGGUUUAGUAAAAAGUUUAGGAAAAGGCACGACGAGAAAGUUUGCCCUUUGUUUGAAGUCGAGUGUCCGUUAAAGUGCGGCACUGUUUUGAAAAGGAACCAGGUGGAUUUGCACGCGAUGAACCGGUGCGAAAAUCGAGCGUUUGAGUGUCCGUACGAGAAACUCGAUUGCUGUUCGCCGACGGAACCAAUCACGAAGAAAACGUUCGACGCGCACGUGCGAGACAAUUGCGCGAACCAUUUGUUCACGGUGACCCAAAAACUCUUCCCGAAAUUAAGCGUUUUAGAACACGAACACGUUCGAUUAGAAAAACAACUCCACGACCACUCCCAAACGAGCUUUCGCAAUCACGAAAAGCUGAAACGCUUCUCCGAGGACGAGUUGAAGUGGACGAAGAACAAUUUCGGUCACGUCGAGACCAGAUUAAAAGCCGCGGAAAUGGCCUUGGAGAAGGAACGAAGAGAUACACUCGCGCUCAUGAAACGAAUAGAAACUUUAGAGAAGGCUCUUAUGACGUCGUCUUUGGCAGCGCGCGGCAGGAAAUAA